AAUUGAGUAGCCUGUCUUAUCUAUAAUCAUAAUUCGUGAUUUGUAGAUAAUAUAAUUUUCUAAUAACAAGUUUAUCAUUAUAAAUGCAUUAUGAUAACACGAAAUGAGAUGUCAUAAUCAAAAUAUGUACUAUGGAGUGUACCUGUAUUAAAGACUUGAGCCUUAUACUAAAAUAUGGUAAUAACUUACUAUUGUUCUUAGUAAAUACUUAAAGGAACUGCUUGCUCAUAAGUUUUAGCGAUAAGUAAGGUUAUAAUUACAGUCAAUUAUGUCCGAUGAGAAAGAAGAAUGUGAAUUAGAAGAAAUUGUAAUUCCUGAUGAAAACUCUAAACAAGUUAAACAAAAUUCUCACAUUGAUACAACUCCUCCUAUUACACCUAAACCACCACCUCGAAUUCAUUCUCAAUCAGAAGUAAAAAAUAAUACAUAUAGUAUAAGUAAUAAGUCACUAUCUAUUGAUAGUCAAAAAAAUGAGGUUCAUAGAUCAACAACAAAAAUAUCUAGUACAUCAUCAUUACUUCAAGAUAAAGCACUAAGUUAUGUGAACAAAGAUAAUCUUAGUAAUGCUAGAUUGACAUAUGUUAAUGAAAGACUAGGCCGCAGCUCGCUGCAUGAUUAUAAACCUCCAAGGCCACCACCUCCAAAUUUCAAUAAAUUGCAAAAUAAAAAAGUAUCAUAUGAUCAAACAAUGGAUAGAAGUUGUCUACAUCAUUGUUUUUUAUCAGAUGUGACAGAUGUGAGACAAAUGGAACAAGCACUUCAACAACUCCUUGAAGACUUUCAUUCAGGAAAAUUGCGAGCAUUUGGUAAGGAUUGUAGUAUGGAACAAAUGACAGCUAUACGCGAACAACAAGAACACUUAGCAUGGCUUCAUUUUGAACUAGGUGUCAGGCAAGAUGGAUCCUCACCACUUAGUGAACAAGGAAUCAUUAAUGGAUCCGAAAAUAUGCAUUCUUUAAUGGCUAGCUUAGAACAGCUUUCCUUAUCAAUUGAAAAACUGCAUUCAUUUAGUAAUUCUACUUCAGAGUAAAAAUAAUUGAGUAAAUAUUUAUAACAAAGUACUUUAUACCAUUCCAAGAACAAUUUGCAUUAUUAUUAAAAUAAUAUAUAUUGUCAUUAAAAUUUGUAAAAUUAACUGUUAAUUAUAACUUCAUGUAUAUUUAAAUAUGUAAU